CACACACACACACUCCAAACACUCUCUCUCUCUCUAGACACAAGCUAAAAUCAAAGAUGAACGAUUUGAUGACAAAAUCAUUCACGAGCUACGUGGAUCUGAAGAAAGAAGCGAUGAAGGAUCUCGAAUCGGGUCCGGAUCUGGAAAUGGGCAUAACCAAACCCGACCAAAACCUAACCCUGUUCCUCGAAGGAGCCGAGCAGGUGAAGACGGAGAUGAACUCAAUCCGAGAAAUCCUGGCCCGACUCCACGAAUCAAACGAGGAGGGCAAAACCCUCCACAAGCCCGAAGCCCUCAAAUCACUCCGCGCCCGCCAAAAUGGCGACGUUUUCUCCGUCCUGAAGAAGGCUCGUGCGAUCAAGGCGCGUCUGGAGGAUAUGGACCGGUCCAACGCCGCCAACAGGCGCCUCUCCGGCUGCAAAUCGGGCACUCCGGUGGACCGGACCCGAACCGCCGUCACGAACGGGCUGAGGAAGAAGCUGAAGGAGCUGAUGAUGGAUUUUCAGGGUUUGCGGCAGAGGAUGAUGUCCGAGUAUAAGGAAACUGUAGGGAGGAGGUAUUUUACUGUAACUGGAGAGAAUCCCGAUGACGAAGUUAUCGAGAAGAUUAUCUCCGGUGGCGACGGCAAUGGCGGUGAAGAAUUCUUGUCCAGAGCCAUUCAGGAGCAUGGGAGGGGAAAAGUGAUAGAGACGGUGGUGGAGAUACAAGACCGCCACGAUGCCGCCAAGGAGAUAGAGAAGAGCCUAUUGGAGCUCCACCAGAUAUUCAUGGACAUGGCGGUGAUGGUGGAGGCUCAAGGGGAGCAAAUGGACGAUAUCGAACACCAUGUGAUGAAUGCCGCCCAAUACGUCGGAGACGGAACGAAAAGCCUCAAGGUCGCUAAAGAGCAUCAAAAGAGCAGUAGGAGGUGUUUGUGCAUUGGGAUUAUACUUCUCCUUGUGCUUAUUAUUAUUGUUAUUAUUCCCAUUGCCACCAGUUUCGGUAAAUCUUAGAACAAUUUUUCUUUUUUCCCGACGAAUAUUGUGCUUGUGUGUGUGUGUGUGUGUGUGUAAUUCUUUGAUUCUUUGUUUUUAAUUUCUUGAUAUUCACUCUCGUGAGAUGCAAGUUAGCUGUUCUUCAAGUGUGGAUUUUGCUUU